GGUGUGGCCAAGGACUCCAGAGAGGGCACACGCAGCUCCUGUUCAUUGUCUUCACUGGCCACUUCAAUUGGAUGAAAGUUGCGUAGGAAUAUUUCCUUCGGUGCAGGGUGAGGAGCAUGAAAAGAUGAUGCAAAGUCAAGCCACUGUCUGAAAGUGCCUGAGCCUGAUAUUCUUAGCAAACAGCAGCACUCAAAGAUGGGAGGAGGAUGCUAAAGCUAGACACUCUCUGGAGCUGUGCAGCCUAUAAAGGCUAGGACAGUGACUAAUGGGAGCUUUUUGGGAUCAUCUUGCUAGGAAGAAACAAAUUUGAAAGUACAGUGGAUGCCAAACUUUGAGCAGCCACGCUUACUCAGAAAUCGAUACCAGGACACUACUGGAAAACACUCUGCAAGGAAACAUCCUGUGCUGGCCAGGUCCUGGGAAAACAGAUGACCAAAUAAGGCCCUUCGUUUCUUGCUCCAUUAUGCUCUCUGGCUAAGGGUUCUUGUCUCUAUGUUGAAGAAACAGGAACAACCCCAGCAAAUUACAUCACAGGUUCAUGGCCAAAAGCAAAGAAACCAUUUUGGAAGAGUGUGGAGUGAUUAGCAACCUUUCUGAAGAAUGUGUGACCAGGAGAUUGAGGGCUUUGAAGCAGACAACCCUUCAGACAAGUUUCGCAUGAUUCCUAGCCUCCCGCCGUAUGACAUGGAUGACCAACUCCUUCCCAGGGAGCCACGGAGUGCCUGGUGCUGCUGGGCAUGGACCCUGAUGGUAGUUGCCAUGAACUUUGCGGUCUUUCUCAUGAAUUUGCUCCUAAUGUUUACCAUCUUCACUAUUGUGCUGCUGCCCACCAUUGUGGUGGUUUACUUAGGCUUCCAAUGCCACUCCCGGGUGCUGCACUCAGCUGCCCACUACUGCAAAACUGUCUUGGACGACAACAGCUCUUCUGCCCUCAUUGUUCUUGGCUUCAUCAUCAUGUCCCCUCUCAUUGUGGUGGCCGUGGCCAUCUACUGCAGCCUGGCAAGGUGCCUCCGCCUCUUCAUGUGCUUCCAGCCAUACAGCAGGGCUGUGUACAAGGGGGUGAAGUGGCAGUGGUGUGAGGAGGGAGGCCUGUGUGGCUAUGCCAAGGAACAGAACACUCAAGUCAAGGCCUGGGUGUGAGUUUGCAGUGUCCCUGUUCUACCCAGCACCUUCUUCUGCCACCCCAUCCCUCUCCACUGUCACAUCCCAGCAUCACCAUCCUGAGUCUUUACAGAUGAAGGCAGUGUAGAGCCUAGAAGUGAGAGGAAGGGAGACAGAUCUGUUCAUGAGCCACAAUUUUAUCUGUAAGUAGGUAGGACUCUGCCCAUGGUGAGGGAAACACAGAAAAGAGGUGAAGGAAAGGCAGAAAACAUAUGAAGUCCUUGAUGGUAUAGAAGAGGCAAUGUUCAGUCCUGGUGGAAAAAAAUGGAGACUCCUCCCAGAGCACAUUGCACUUAGCAGCAUUGUUUCCAGUCUUGACAACCUGCUCUGCCUCGCCCGAGAUACAGUAUACAUUUGCAUAAGGACUAAGCAGCAGUGGAAGCAGCUGCUGACUUUGGCUCAGUGAGGUCUCCUUGGGAACAGCAGCCUUUAGUGAAGCACCCAGCCAAGAGGAAGCAACUGUGGUUUUCCCUACUGUUGGGCUGCCUGUGUUUCUAACCUCUUGCAAAGGGUUCUGUAAGUCACUGACUCUGAUGUUUGGGAACCACCACCUUCCUACUUCACAUAUUCUUCCCAUGCUUAGCAAUCCCAUUUUCCCAUAGUCUGCAGUGGUGCAUGUGCUCCCUUAGCUGUUUUUGAGCCUGGUUGCUGUGCUGGCUGCAUAUAUGAAAACUGAA